GAGGAGAUGGAGAACAAGGCCAUGUAUCUGAGCACAAAUGAAGAGAGAGAGAACGUCUCGAUUUAUGAAGAGGCCUAUGAUGGACACAACUUGUCCAAACUCAACCUGUGUGAUGAAGUUUCUACAAAGCGUCGCAGGAAGCAGGACCAGUGUUGCAGCCAUCUGAACUCCCUCUCAUCUAUCAAGUACGCCAUUGUUUUCCUCUACAUCCUGGUUCUUCUCACCAUAUUUGGACUUUGCCUUGCAGUCUCUCGCUCCCAGGUGUCUUCUCAGCGGCAGGAGGUGCUGACGGAGAAUGCGACCCGGAUGUCAGAGCGCUCCCAGCUGCUCCAGCAGACCCUGGGAGAGGAGUCCAAACAGGCUGACCUGCUGGAGAACAUCUGGAAACUUGAAAACCUCUUCCAGAACCACAGCAACUGGCUGCAGAGGCUGGAGAUCUUCAUCAAGGGCUUGGAGGUGGAGCUGAGGAGCAUGCAGGCUCACUCUCUACAGUCAGAAGGCUACCUGGUGCAGUUGGAUGACAGGUUGUCCUCGCUAAGCAGCUCCGCGGGUCGGAACCUGACGAGCUUGAGUUCGGAGGUGGCCCGAGCAUCCACGUGGCUUCGUGAUCAUGACGUCCUGCUGAGGGAAACCUCGAGUCAUGUGAGUGACCUGAGGGAAAAAUUAGACGAGGUCAACUGGACAGUGGGAGCUGUCAACCACACCUUCAGCAACGAUGUCAGUAUUCACCAUUUGAAGAUACGUGACUUACAGAUCCAGAUCAGCAACAUAACAGAGGACACCAGCAGUUUAUGGGUGACCCAUGUCCACACGGAGGCUCAGUUGAGGAAUGAAAUGGAGAUUCUGAACACAAUCACAGAGGACCUGCGUCUGAAGGACUGGGAGCACUCCAUGGCUCUGAAGAACCUCACAAUAUUAGAAGGACCUCCAGGGCCUAAGGGAGAGAAAGGGGACACUGGAGAAUUGGGCCCCCCUGGGGUUCCUGGUUUGACUGGCUUGAGAGGAUUUACCGGAGAAAAAGGCAACCAGGGCCCUCGGGGAAUUAAAGGGUCUGGUGGGGUCGAUGGCAUGCCGGGAGAAAGGGGAGACGUUGGACCUGCCGGGCCUAAAGGUAACCGAGGAGAAAGGGGUUUCAAGGGAGAGAAGGGUGAACGGGGUGAGCGAGGAGACAGAUCAGUGGAGGAGACCUUGGUACGGUUGGUGAAUGGGUCAGGUCCUCACGAAGGCCGUGUGGAGGUUUUCCAUGAACAUCGCUGGGGAACCGUGUGCGAUGAUGUCUGGGAUAAAAAGGAUGGAGAUGUAGUCUGCAGGAUGCUGGGAUACCAAGGAGCAACCGAGGUUCAUAAGACUGGACGUUUCGGGCAGGGUACUGGUCUGAUCUGGAUGGAUGAUGUUGCAUGCGCAGGGACAGAAGACAGUAUUCACCAGUGUAAGUUUUCCGGUUGGGGCAAAACCAACUGUGGCCACGUCGAGGACGCUGGUGUGACCUGCACCGUCUGAACUUUCAGGAUCCCAACACUGCUGCAGCUGCCAAGUAUCACCCAAACGCUGCCUUAAACUUCAAGUGCUGAAAGCCCUGCCGUGUGCAGCAAGAGUGUCAUAUUAGUAGUAUGCUGCCUACUUACCUAUGAAAAAAGUGCCAACUCACCUGAUGCAUGAACUUAACCUGCAGCUUGGUUAAGUGUUCAUGACUAAACAUAUCUAUAUGAGCCACGGGAUUGAAUCACAGUGCAGCUUUUGCCAACAUAAAAGUUAUGUUUUCAUUAACUCUACAGUAUGAGCUGAAGGAUGAUCACAUGACAGGAUGCUUCAUGAGGCUGAACUAAAGGGCAAAGGUCAGCAUUAACAGGAAUGGAGGCUCACCACAGACCAAGUUUGCUGCUUUGACAUCCACGAGAGGAUUGUCGGAUCUGACAACUUCAUCUACAUUUCCACUUACUAAAGAGCUGAAAAGGCAUGCAAUGGAACUGACAGGACAGUCUCUGAAGAACUGGUUUUCAUAUGCAGGCAGCUGCUCUUCACAGUAUUAUUUAGCAAUGGCUUUUGCUCAGUAUACCACAGUGUUGCCUUAUUACACAUUACAGCAAUGCCCAAGUAGGUAACUGUUUGGUGGUUUGCAAACCAGGCGAUGCCACAAAAUCAAACUAAUUGAACUUUUUCGUUGUUUCUUUUUUUUCUUUUAUUUGAAUGCAAACUAAAGUACUUUUUAUAUUCACCAUUUCUCAACAAAGCAUGCUUUUCUUUCAAAUCUGUUUAUACCAUUCCAUUUGUAAAGCAGCUGCAAAAUGAAAUUUUGAAUUAUUCUAAAUUAAGUUUUGUUUACAGCAUCCUGUAGAUACCCCUCUUUCUGCACUUAGGGUCCAGUAAACGAUCAGAAGUGCUCGUCACAUAGUCAAAAAGUCUCUCCACUUUCAUGCUUUUCCAGUGUAUAGUUAUUGAGGGCUGCGUCUGAUUAUUUCAGAUCCAUUGAUCUAUGACAUUUACACUUGCUUGUGGCCAUGACUGACUAUGUGUGAGGAGAUUUAAGUGGAGUUUAAGGCUUAAACCUUUUUGUAUUUCUGUCACUUUUUAUAGUCCUUAGUGAUUAAAGCUCCAUCAGGUACUAAUAGUGAUUUUUUUCUUUUUUUAAAGCUUAAGCAUUCUAUCAAAUCUGCAUUCUGGCAAAGAUUUUUAGCUGAUUCUUUGAGCUUAAGUAUUCUUUUUAGCAUCAGCAUCAUUUCCAGUUGCAUGUUGGUAGCUAUUUUUAUCCAAAAAGCCCAACAAAUGUUAAACCUAACAACAAAGAGUAAAACAUAAAUCAAACAAAACAUUUCACAGCUACAAAGUCCUAAAAUAUUUCCUUCAGGAGUUUGUGAAUACCAAAAAAAAAAGCUAAAAUCAACACACAAUUUGGAUGCUGGACAUUUACUCAUCAGCUGAAUGUUGCUCAGUAGUGGUUUGUGUAGCAAACAAAUAAGCAAUUUUGAAAGGCAAUAAUAUACAAGCAGGAUCUGUUUUUGAAAUGCACAAAGUGCCAAAAAAUGUGUUUGUUUCUUUCAUGUGUGCAUCCUUUAAACUGCAAAUCACCAACCUGUGCUUACCAUGGGCUUCUAUAUUUAUGCAAAAAUUAUAAUAAUGUCAUUAAAUAACAACUUCUGGAAAGAGUUAACAGUCACUCCUGUUGACAGAUGAAGUGAUGAUGAAGAAGAA